AUGAAUAUUUUUCUAUUUCUAUUCCCUUUUUUCAUUUUUCUAUUUUAUCAAGUCAAUUGUUGUGUUGAUUUGCUCUUUGUUAUUGAUACAAAAAAUGCUGAGGUUGGUUUUGGUUUAUUUUCAAUUUCCAAAUUAACAUGAGCAAGCAAAAAAAAAAAACAACUGUAGAUUUCGAAAAAUCGUGCAAUUCAAGUUGCAAAACAAAUCCCAGAAGAUCAGAAAAUUCGAAAAUGGAUUGCGAUUUCGAGACAAGAUCGAUAUGUUCCCCGAGUUGUUCGAGUACGUUUCUUGAAUUUUUUUAUCUGAUAACGAUAUUUUUUCAGAAUAACGCUGAAUUACUAUCAGUUCUCAGUUCAGUAACAGGAGAAUAUGAUAGAUUUUUAGAUGUUGUGACAUCUGAAGUUGCCAGAAGAACACCAAGUUAGUUCGGAUUAGAAAAAACAAUCAGAAUUUCAAUAUUUUUCCAGCUUAUCAACCUCUCAUAAUUCUGUUAUUCUCUGAUGUUGGAGUGAAUGAAACUUUGAGUUCGGCUUGGAAAUCAAUGUCAAGAGCUCCAGCCUUGCACAUAUUCAGAAUUGGAACAUCGAAAAAAAGAGAGUAUGUAGAAUACAUUUUUCUUUUUGAUUUCAUUUUUUUUUCAGAAUCGAAGAAGCUUCCGAGUUCCGUCAACUUAUAUCUUGUGGGAACAACAAAACAUCAGGACCUGAAACACUUUCAUCAAAGUUUUCUGGCAACGAAAUCCGUCGUGCUCCAAUUCCUCUAACAACAUCUCGUCCACUCACAUCAACUCGCGAUCCAUUUGUUAGAAAAUUGACAUUUCUGAAUCCAACAAAAACUCUUCUCAAGGAUCGUCCAAUCAAAAGAUUUACAGUGACUCGAAAUUUCAAAAGAAUCACAACAUCAACUUUUGCACCAACUUGGCGAAGGUAUCGUUUGACAACAAUUGCACCAAGACAAAUAUCACCACAAAUUGGUUAUGCAACAAGAUGGACACCAAAUAAUAAAAAUAUCAAUAAUAAUAAUAAUGCACCAAUUUGGUCGAGCACUGCACAAAAAAGACCACCCCCACCUUUUAGAAAUGGGAAUUCGAAUAACAAUCGGGUAACAGGUUCGAAUUUGGGGUUUCGGAAUCGACAGCAGCCAUCAUUCAGAAACAAUAUACGAUUAACAACAACUCCAAGAUCAAUUUGGAAUCGAUUUGGAAAUACAAAAACAACUCUUCGGCCAUUCUUUCGAAAUAAUCAACGUGUUUUUAAUAACAACAGAAAUAUUCUGAAAACUACACCACGACCAAGAUUUGUAACUACUAGAAGACCGUUGAUAUCGAACAAUGUGAAAUCUGGGAUACGGAAGAAUUUAAUAACAACACCCAAACCAAUUCGAACAACGCCUCGACCUUUUACGAUGAGAAAACCAUUGUCUACCACAAGACGACCUUUGAACCGGAACAUAAUACAGAAAAAACCAAUUGCAAAAAUUAUAUCCGGUAAAAUAACACCAAGACCUGCAUUCAGAUUCACAACACAUCGACCAAUCACAACCACUAAAUCUUAUUUCAAUAAAUCACGAACCACUUCUAAACCACCAAGAUUCACAACUAAAAAAAGUUAUGUGCAAAAAAGUCGAGUAACAACAGCUCGACCAAGAUUUGGAUUUGGAACUACGUCGAAAACAACUACAAGAAAAUUUUUGAAACCGACUACAGCUCGUCCAAAAAUAACUGUGACACCCAAAGUAAAUUUAAAAACUUUAUCGAAACCCUCGAGAUUCACACCAAAACCACGUUCAAAACCACGAUUUUCAACAACGACUUCAAAAGCAAAAAUCAUCAAACCAAAAAUUCCACCAGCAAAACACCGUGUCACUUCUUCACCUCGAUCAAAACUGAAUCACAAAGUUACACCUGCACCACACAAAACCUCAAUUUCAAAACUUCGCAGCUCAACGCCAGCGCCUACUGUAUCUACAGUACUAUCUGCUCCUCCACCAUCUAUAAAAGAACAAUUUGCUGGAGGAAAGAAUUUCCGAGUUCGAUCGAGGAGUGUGCAAUUUACCCUAACAGAGUGAGAAAAAAUAUGAAAAAAAAAAUACAUGUUGUGUUUUUCAGAAAACCUCCAGUUUCUCCAAAAUCACUUGGCUUCAAUAUUCGAACUCAUCGAUCAACUUUGGCUCCACCAACAACAACCCCAUUUACACCACCAGCUUGUAUUAUUGAUGUUUAUUUUAUGAUUGAUUUAUCAAAAGGAACUGGUGAUAAAACUGAUAAAUAUCUUCAAAUAAUAUCAACUGCUGUAAAUCAAAUGCCAAUCUCAAAAUAUGCAACACAUGCUGGAAUAAUUGGAUAUUCUGGACCUGGUCGAACUCGAACCGAUGUUUAUUUAGAUCAAAUUUUCGAGAAGAAAACUUUGAUUUCGGAAAUGAUGAAAAUGUGGAGAAAUGCUGGAACAACAAAAACUGCAAAUGCUUUGAGAUAUGCUGUAAAAGAAUUCAAUUCAAAAGCUCAUCCAAGUCGGAAAAAUUCGAAGAAAGUUUUAGUGAUUUUCACAGAUGGAUAUUCACAAGAUAAUCCAAAAGAUGCUGCGAAAAUUGUAAAAAGUCGAGGAAUUCAAAUAAUUGCAGUUGCAUUAAAUGAUAAAUUAGCUCCGCCAGAUGUUGAACAACUAAAAAGUAUUGCCGAAUCUGUGAGUUCCAGAAUUAAGAUCUUUGAACUUUUGGGAGAAAAAUCUGAUUUUUUUCGAAACUUUUUUUUCUAAAAUUAUAUUUUCAGAAUGUUCUACUUUCUCCAACUGGCAAAGACUUACGCGACAAAAUAAUUGGCUCCCAAUGUAGAUUAUAA